UCCGCCAGGUGUCAGAAUUCCUGGCUGGGUCUGGUCCUGUUACUUGCUCCGUGACCCUCAACAAAUCACUUUACUUCUCUGAGCUCAUUUAUUUCAUCUUGAAAUGAAGAUGCUGCCUGACUUCUGGAAGGUGCUUGGUAAAUACUGUUGAAGACCUUCCCCAAAAGCUGUGCUCUUUUGGCCUCUCCUACAUUCUCUUGUGGUGGCUUGUAAGGUCUUUCGCUGACUGGCCUCUCUCUGCCCACCAUACCUAUCACCUCAGCCUUGUUGUUCCUGUAUUUCCCUGCCCCACUAACUCCUUAACCUUCAGGUGGCCAGGCCUCCAGCAUCCCAUCUGACAGCUCCUGCUCUGUCCUUCUACCACCCUUCUCCUCUCCUAGCAUGGAUUAUUCUGUUACUUGUCCUUCCUCUCAUCCCCUAGGUCUUGGGCUCCCCAAAGGCAGAGACCAGGCCUCUUUUCACUGUUCACUGCCAUGCCCCCAGCACUUAGCCCCCGUGCCUGGCUGGGUGUGGAUGGGCAUUUGUGGUGUCUCAGGCUGAGCAGGCAUGUCCCUGAGCACUGACUGGGACAGGGUCAGAGGAUGCUUUGUGGAUGGAAGACUUCAGAAGCCAAAGCCCAGGAAUGUUGGCCUACUGAGAAACCCCUUGUGUUCUCUCUGCGUAGAGGAGCAGGAGCGGCUUCGCUUGGAGCGGGAGAGGGAGCAGGAGCAGAAGAAGGCCAGCAGCCUGGCCAGGCUGGCCCAUGCCCUGCCCGUGGAGGAGCCCCGCAUUGAAGCACCACCCCUACCUCUGUCCCCCCCAGCACCCCCUCCAGCACCCCCACCCCCACUUGCCACCCCCACCCCACUGACUGUCAUUCCUAUUCCAGUAGUGACCAACUCUCCUCAGCCCCUGCCCCCACCCCCACCACUGCCACCUGCAGCCCAGCCUUUGCCUCUGGCACCUCGCCAGGCAGCCCUGGUUAGCACCCCUGGACUCAGCAUUAAGGAGUCUGCUCCCUUGCCCACUAGGCCACAGGUGCCCAAUCCCACUCCCCUGCUGCCAGACUCCAAGACCACCCUUGCGCCCACUGGCAGCCCCAAGCCUUUGCAGCCCCUCCCCACACCCAUCCUGACCAUAGCACCUCACCCUGGAGUUCAGCCCCAGCUGGCCCCCCAGCAGCCACCCCCACCCACUCUUGGGACCCUGAAGUUGGCACCAGCGGAAGAAGUCAAAUCCAGCGAACAGAAGAAGAGGCCUGGGGGGAUCGGAACCAGAGAAGUACACAACAAAUUGGAGAAGAACAGGAGGGCACAUCUGAAGGAAUGCUUUGAGACCCUAAAGCGCAACAUCCCCAACGUGGACGACAAGAAGACGUCGAAUCUGAGUGUGCUGCGGACGGCGCUGCGGUACAUCCAGUCUCUGAAGAGGAAGGAAAAGGAAUACGAGCAUGAGAUGGAGCGGCUGGCGAGGGAGAAGAUUGCUACCCAGCAGCGGCUGACAGAGCUCAAGCAUGAGCUGAGCCAGUGGAUGGACGUGCUGGAGAUCGACCGUGUGCUCCGGCAGACUGGCCAGCCCGAGGACGACCAGGCCUCCACCUCCACGGCCUCUGAGGGUGAGGACAACAUAGACGAGGAUAUGGAGGAGGACCAGGCUGGCCUGGGCCCACCUAAACUGAGUCAUCGCCCCCAUCCGGAGCUGCCGAAGCCCCCGCCCAGUGCUGCCCCCACACCUCUGCCUCCCCAUCCACACCCCCACCCCCAGCCUGUGGCCCUGUCUCCUGUCCACCUGCCUGGGCAGCAGCCACCGCCACCACAGAAGACACCGCUGCCGGCCCCUCCUCCCCCAGCGGCUGCCCCUGCCCAGACGCUGGUGCCGGCUCCAGCCCAUCUAGUGGCAGCAGCUGGCGGGGGCUCCACGGUCAUCGCCCACACGGCCACCACCCACGCCUCAGUCAUCCAGACUGUGAACCACGUUCUCCAGGGGCCAGGUGGCAAGCACAUCGCCCACAUCGCCCCCUCGGCCCCCAGCCCUGCUGUGCAGCUGGCCCCCGCCACACCCCCCAUCGGCCACAUCACCGUGCACCCUGCCACCCUCAACCACGUGGCCCACCUUGGCUCCCAGCUGCCCCUGUAUCCGCAGCCCGUGGCGGUGAGCCAGCCUGUGGCGGUGAGCCACAUAGCCCACACCCUCUCACACCAGCAAGUGAAUGGCACAGCUGGGCUGGGGCCCCCAGCCACUGUCAUGGCGAAGCCAGCUGUGGGGGCUCAGGUGGUGCACCACCCCCAGCUGGUGGGCCAGACAGUGCUCAACCCUGUGACCAUGGUCACCAUGCCCUCCUUCCCAGUCAGCACGCUCAAGCUGGCUUGAGGAGGAGGCCACUCAGAGGCCCCCAGUGGGGGCAGGGAGGGGGACCCGUCCCCCCCUCUCCCACCCACCAGCUCCACACAUUCCAGCCAGGCCCAGGCCCGACCCCCCCCCCACACCCACCCC